AUGAGGGGUACUAAAAUUCUGCGAAUUGUGCUGGGGUCCAGGGCUCGGAAGGGGCUGCCUCGGAAGGGGCUGGGAUUGGGACAGGUCACAGUCCAUGAGUGGGUCCGCGGGUCCAGCUCGUCGUGGAGUCAAUUCCUCCUGCCAGUAUUCUUCUCCCUCUUUCUCGUCCAACUGUUUAUCAGCUUCUCAGAGAAUAGUUUCUCCCAAGUCUCCAGACACAAGAACAAGCACAGACCAAAAUCUGUGGAUGAUGGAAGUACACAUUCUAUUUUCCCCAUCCCUACAUUUAAAAAAAUGCUCCUGUUAAUUAAUGCAACCAACCCUCAAUGUUUUUGGUGCAGUGAAGAAAGGGCUUGCAGAAAAAUUUGUUUUCCAUAUUUUGGGUGUCAUUUCAGUUCUAUAUUUUGGUUGAACUGUCACAUUGACAUAUUUGGAUUCCUGAUGCUUCUACUCAUUGCAAUAUUGAUUAUAGUGUUCAUUUGUCAAUGCUUCAUCUAUCAAUAUUACCUGCAGACAAUUCAAGUCUAUAUUGCUGGAAGACCACACACAACUUACAUUCCUCGUGGGACUGCUCCUGGCAAGUAUUAUAAUUUGUUUGAUGAAGUGCCCCAGACUCUUUCAGUAACUCACAGCUGGAAGUCUUCCUCUUACUUUUCCCAGGCAUCAAAAUUAAAGUACGAGUAG